GGGCGAGACGGGGAGUUUCACUACAAACUCCGAGGCGGCGACACACAGUAACCUGUUCUUCGUUUUGUUGUUUGUGUAUUAUUAUUAUUGUGUUCAUCAUGGCCGAGAAGGCGGAUAUGCCGGGGGACACUGUCUCUCUCCCACCCACCUACGCCCCUUCAGAGGCCUACACAGAGUCCCCUCCCCCGGCAUACCGGCGGGACAAGAGCACUCGGGUCCAGAUAGUGAAGAUGGUGUGCGUUACCUUGGUGGCCUCAGCUGUCAUCAUCGGCUUCUUCAUUCUCACCUCCAAUUACCUCGCCUCCCGGGCCUGUGUAUGUCACCAUGAGGAACACGGCCACAAGAACCUUCAUGCUGCCAGCUUCUUGGAGAUCCCACGGUCGGAGGCGCUCGUGGGCAACAAGGUGGAAGAUAACCAACUGGAGGAGCAGAAGGGGGAGCAGCAGAAGUUGAUGCCUGAUAUGGGAAACAACAACUUAGACGCUGAAGACGACAAGGCCCAGCCCCCUGUUGUCGAUCUGCCCAUCCCCACCCGUGAAGAGGAGGUGGAGGAAAUACUGGAGAAGGUGAUGGAGGUGGAGGAGACAGAGAAGGUACUGGAGGAAGCUAUAAGGGAGGAGGACGAACAGGAGGCGCUACAGGACAUCAUGCGGGCACAGAUGGACCACAUGAAGAAGAUCAAACUCCCUAUUGAUCUUAUUCUUGGCAACCCCUCCCUGGCUGGUCGCGAUGUUAACUGUGAGGUUGAACGUCGUCAGCAGCCUCUAGGCGACGGCAUCAUGACCCAGGCCAUCAUCGUCACCUGCGAGGACAACAAUGACGACAACGAAGAGCAGCAGCAGCAGCAGGGGCCAGUGUCAGGACCCUUCAUGCUCCCACCAGGACCCCGCCGCCUGGGACCUCCCCUCUCCAUCCUCGCCCCCAUCAUGAAGAUGUUGUCCGCUAAGGCCGCCUCCCGGGCUGCCGCCAGAUCCCUCCUUCCCAUCAACGGCCCCCAACCCAUGCCCUUCUCUCCCGCCCCACUCCCCUGCCCCGUCAACAGCCCCUUCCCGUGUGUAAUGGUGAGCCCCAAUAACCAGAUGCCCCCCAAGGGUGCCCCGCUGUCUGGCCGUAUCCCCAUUCCCCACAACCUGCCACCCCCCGCACAUCGUGUACUGAAAGCUGAGCCCCAGCACCAUAUACACCUCUCCAACGGCCCCAUGCCCUUCCCUGGCCCCAAACCCCGCAUCAUACUGACCCCCUUCAACGCCCCAAUGCUCUCCGAGCCCAAGAUGGAUGAUGGCCCUCGUCACCGCAUGCUGCCCUUCCCCUUCCGCCCAUUCGUGCGCAUGUCCCCACGCAUGUCCAUGUCCCCUGGUGGGCCCCGCCUCCUGGGCUCCCCAGAGCGUAUGGACGGCCCCAUCUCGCCGGGUUCCCUUCACCGUGGUGCCCUCCCUCUGCCCCAGGGAAAUAACCAACAGAAGAAUAUCGUCCGUGUGAUGCCUGAGGCCCAGGCUCGUGCUCUGCCCAACCCCGUGAACCUCCCGCCCUUCCGCUUGCUGCCCGAACGAAUGCUGGCACCUGCACCGCCAGUGUCAAUGAUUGGAGGUAACCGCCCCAUCACCCACAUGGAGAUGCACGCCCCGCCCACCCCCAGGAACCAGGAGUCACGGCGCCGCACCCUGGAGUUUGGCCCCCCCAGGGUACACACUGUCAUCGGUCCUGCACACUCCAACUUUCCUCCACAGAAACAGCACGCCCCACAGCCCCAAAUUGAGCGCCGCUUCCCCUUCCACGUUUCCAAGGACAUUCACAUUAGCCCCAUCCCCAAGGACGUCAUGACUCCACCCAAACCCAUUGCUAUCCUCCAACACAACCCCCCUAUCGCUGGCACUCUUCCACCUCCUCCCAAGUUCGCUCCUGAGGGCCGCACCGGGAUCGUACCCGAGAUCAACCCUGAAGCAGAGACCUUUGUGAAACCUCCUCCUCCACACAACCAAGAGGUUUCUCAACCUCCAAACCAGCAAGAAGUGCCCCGUAGACACCACCUUCUGGUCAACUAAUAUGUUUGGUGGCAGCGGUGUGAUCCUGCACAUCCGGACGUCAUCCAGAAGAGAUGCAGGACACACACACACACACACACACACACACACACACACACACACACACACACACACACACACACACACA